AGGCAAGUUGAAAGUGAGCAAUCAUGAAUCAUCACAGUCAGAAAGAAGCUUGCUUAACAUGGCUGAUUCAGAUUUCGAGUUCGCAUCUGACAACGGAGUGUUGCCUGUCGAGGUGGACCCAGCUGCAGCUUUCUUAGCUCAGCAAGAAAGCGAAAUAGCGGUGAUAGAGAAUUACGACGAAGGACUCGGAGCUUUGGAGGGAUCCGCAGAGUUCCUCGAACAACCGCCGACAGCUGAUUCACCUGCUCCUGUACAAUAUGAUGCCGGAUUUGCAGAGGCAUCAGCGGCCACGGUAAACGGAAACAUGUUUGUGCUGGAGUCCAACGGUCCAUCGGACAGCUAUGCGGCCAUCGCCCAGGUGGACUCUCUGAGAGCAGAGCCUGAGAGCCUGCGUAAGUGGAGGGAGGAGCAGAAGGCACGGCUGGAGCAACUAGACUCUGCGUCCAAGGCAGCGGAGGCUGAGUGGAAAGAGAAGGCCAAGAAAGAGCUGGAGGACUGGCAUGUGCACCAGAUUGAACAGAUGGAGAAGAACAAGGCCAACAACAGGGCGUCUGAAGAGGCCUUCCUGUCUGAGGCUGACGGCGACAGCCCAGGGACGGAGUGGGAGAGAGUGGCCCGUCUCUGUGAUUUCAACCCCAAGACCACCAGGACGGCCAAGGACGUGUCCCGAAUGCGUUCGGUCCUCAUAGCCCUCAAACAGACACCUCUGGUGCGCUAGUACGCCCAAUGGAACGGCGACGAAGGUUUCCCUUCUUUUAAAACAGCUCUUGAGUUAUGAACCCUGUUUGCAUUUAGGCAGAAUGUGUACUAGCCUCUAAUCGUAUAGGUCUUCUUCUGAUGUAGGGUUCUUUUAUGUUCAGAUCCUCCUAUAUCUCUAAUCUCUACUACGUGUCCCUCCUGUUUCUACUACGUGUCCCUCCUGUUUCUACUACGUGUCCCUCCUGUUUCUACUACGUGCCCCUCCUGUUUCUACUACGUGCCCCUCCUGUUUCUACUACGUGCCCCUCCUGUUUCUACUACGUGCCCCUCCUGUUUCUACUACGUGCCCCUCCUGUUUCUACUACGUGCCCCUCCUGUUUCUACUACGUGCCCCUCCUGUUUCUACUACGUGCCCCUCCUGUUUCUACUACGUGCCCCUCCUGUUUCUACUACGUGCCCCUCCUGUUUCUACUACGUGCCCCUCCUGUUUCUACUACGUGCCCCUCCUGUUUCUACUACGUGCCCCUCCUGUUUCUACUACGUGCCCCUCCUGUUUCUACUACGUGUCCCUCCUGUUUCUACUACGUGUCCCUCCUGUUUCUACUACGUGUCCCUCCUGUUUCUACUACGUGCCCCUCCUGUUUCUACUACGUGCCCCUCCUAUGUUUCUAACUGGAGGAAAGGUAUUUUGCCUCUCCCACCAUCUUUCCUUAUUCUGAUGUAAAUGUCUCCAGUGGAAAUAUGAGUCACUACACCUUUUAACUUGGAAGGUCCCGACUGCUCUCUGUCCUUUUAACUUGGAAGGUCCCGACUGCUCUCUGUCCUUUUAACGUGGUACGUCCCGACUGCUCUCUGUCCUUUUAACGUGGAACGUCCCGACUGCUCUCUGUCCUUUUAACUUGGAACGUCCCGACUGCUCUCUGUCCUUUUAACUUGGAACGUCCCGACUGCUCUCUGUCCUUUUAACUUGGAACGUUCCGACUGCUCUCUGUCCUUUUAACUUGGAACGUUCCGACUGCUCUCUGUCCUUUUAACGUGGUACGUCCCGACUGCUCUCUGUCCUUUUAACGUGGAACGUCCCGACUGCUCUCUGUCCUUUUAACUUGGAACGUCCCGACUGCUCUCUGUCCUUUUAACUUGGAACGUCCCGACUGCUCUCUGUCCUUUUAACUUGGAACGUUCCGACUGCUCUCUGUCCUUUUAACGUGGAACGUUCCCGACUGCUCUCUGUCCUUUUAACGUGGAAUGUUCCCGACUGCUCUCUGUCCUUGGAACGUUCCGACUGCCCUCUGUCCUUUUAACGUGGAACGUUCCCGACUGCUCUCUGUCCUUUUAACGUGGAACGUUCCCGACUGCUCUCUGUCCUUUUAACGUGGAACGUUCCCGACUGCCCUCUGUCCUUUUAACGUGGAACGUUCCCGACUGCUCUCUGUCCUUGGAACGUUCCGACUGCCCUCUGUCCUUUUAACGUGGAACGUUCCCGACUGCUCUCUGUCCUUGGAACGUCCCGACUGCUCUCUGUCCUUUUAACGUGGAACGUUCCCGACUGCUCUCUGUCCUUUUAACGUGGAACGUCCCGACUGCUCUCUGUCCUUUUAACGUGGAACGUUCCCGACUGCUCUGUCCUUUUAACGUGGAACGUUCCCGACUGCUCUCUGUCCUUUUAACGUGGAACGUUCCCGACUGCUCUCUGUCCUUUUAACGUGGAACGUUCCCGACUGCUCUCUGUCCUUGGAACAUUCCGACUGCUCUCUGUCCUUGGAACAUUCCGACUGCUCUCUGUCCUUGGAACGUUCCCGACUGCUCUCUGUCCUUGGAACGUUCCCGACUGCUCUCUGUCCUUGGAACGUUCCCGACUGCUCUCUGUCCUUGGAACGUUCCCGACUGCUCUCUGUCCUUGGAACGUUCCCGACUGCUCUCUGUCCUUGGAACGUUCCCGACUGCCCUCUGUCCUUGGAACGUUCCCGACUGCUCUCUGUCCUUGGAACGUUCCGACUGCUCUCUGUCCUUGGAACGUUCCCGACUGCUCUCUGUCCUUGGAACGUUCCCGACUGCUCUCUGUCCUUGGAACGUUCCACGUUAAGACACGUUAAAUAUUGUUACAGCAAAGUCUUUAUUAAACCCCUUCCUGCUCCUAAACUACUAGUACUAGUAGUAACUGAUUAUCUAAACUACAGAGGAUAUUGGGUCAGACCCCUCUCUCUCAAGCAUGAUGCCUCUCCCAAUAGGAUAUUGGGUCAGACCCCUCUCUCUCAAGCAUGAUGCCUCUCCCAAUAGGAUAUUGGGUCAGACCCCUCUCUCUCAAGCAUGAUGCCUCUCCCAAUAGGAUAUUGGGUCAGACCCCUCUCUCUCAAGCAUGAUGCCUCUCCCAAUACGAUAUUGGGUCAGACCCCUCUCUCUCAAGCAUGAUGCCUCUCCCAAUAGGAUAUUGGGUCAGACCCCUCUCUCUCAAGCAUGAUGCCUCUCCCAAUAGGAUAUUGGGUCAGACCCCUCUCUCUCUCAAGCAUGAUGCCUCUCCCAAUAGGAUAUUGGGUCAGACCCCUCUCUCUCUCAAGCAUGAUGCCUCUCCCAAUAGGAUAUUGGGUCAGACCCCUCUCUCUCUCAAGCAUGAUGCCUCUCCCAAUAGGAUAUUGGGUCAGACCCCUCUCUCUCUCAAGCAUGAUGCCUCUCCCAAUAGGAUAUUGGGUCAGACCCCUCUCUCUCAAGCAUGAUGCCUCUCCCAAUAGGAUAUUGGGUCAGACCCCUCUCUCUCUCUCAAGCAUGAUGCCUCUCCCAAUAGGAUAUUGGGUCAGACCCCUCUCCCUCUCUCAAGCAUGAUGCCUCUCCCAAUAGGAUAUUGGGUCAGACCCCUCUCUCUCUCUCAAGCAUGAUGCCUCUCCCAAUAGGAUAUUGGGUCAGACCCCUCUCUCUCAAGCAUGAUGCCUCUCCCAAUAGGAUAUUGGGUCAGACCCCUCUCUCUCUCAAGCAUGAUGCCUCUCCUAAUAGGAUAUUGGGUCAGACCCCUCUCUCUCAAGCAUGAUGCCUCUCCCAAUAGGAUAUUGGGUCAGACCCCUCUCUCUCUCAAGCAUGAUGCCUCUCCCAAUAAGUGUUUUGUAAUUGUAUAAAAUACCAGAUUAGUUUAAUCUCCACUCUAAUUUGUUUUUUAUUUAAUGUGUAAAGGUCUAACAUGUCCUGUUCAGGAACUACAUUAGGAGUAGAUUAGGAGUAGAGUAGAUUAGGAGUAGACUACAUUAGGAGUAGACUACAUUAGGAGUAGACUACAUUAGGAGUAGACUACAUUAGGAGUAGAUUACAUUAGGAGUACAUUAGGAGUAAAUUACAUUAGGAGUAAAUUACAUUAGGAGUAGAUUACAUUAGGAGUAGAUUACAUUAGGAGUAGAUUACAUUAGGAGUACAUUAGGAGUACAUUACAUUAGGAGUAGACUACAUUAGGAGUACAUUAGGAGUAGAUUAGGAGUAGAUUACAUUAGGAUUACAUUAGGAGUAGAUUACAUUAGGAUUACAUUAGGAGUAGAUUACAUUAGGAGUAGAUUACAUUAGGAGUAGAUUACAUUAGGAGUACAUUAGGAGUACAUUACAUUAGGAGUAGACUACAUUAGGAGUAGAUUAGGAGUAGAUUACAUUAGGAUUACAUUAGGAGUAGAUUACAUUAGGAGUAGAUUACAUUAGGAGUAGAUUACAUUAGGAGUACAUUAGGAGUAGAUUACAUUAGGAGUAGAUUACAGUAGGAGUACAUUAGGAGUAGAUUACAUUAGGAUUACAUUAGGAGUACAUUAGGAGUACAUUAGGAGUAGAUUACAUUAGGAGUAGAUUACAUUAGGAGUAGAUUACAUUAUGAGUAGAUUAGGAGUAGAUUACAUUAGGAGUAGAUUACAUUAGGAGUAGAUUAGGAGUAGAUUACAUUAGGACUAGAUUAGGAGUAGAUUACAUUAGGAGUAGAUUACAUUAGGAGUAGACUACAUUAGGAGUAGAUUACAUUAGGAGUAGACUACAUUAGGAGUAGAUUACAUUAGGAGUAGACUACAUUAGGAGUAGAUUACAUUAGGAGUAGACUACAUUAGGAGUAGACUACAUUAGGAGUACAUUACAUUAGGAGUACAUUACAUUAGGAGUAGAUUACAUUAGGAGUAGAUUACAUUAGGAGUAGAUUACAUUAGGAGUAGAUUACAUUAGGAGUAGAUUACAUUAGGAGUACAUUACAUUAGGAGUAGACUACAUUAGGAGUAGAUUAGGAGUAGAUUACAUUAGGAUUACAUUAGGAGUAGAUUACAUUAGGAGUAGAUUACAUUAGGAGUAGAUUACAUUAGGAGUACAUUAGGAGUAGAUUACAUUAGGAGUAGAUUACAGUAGGAGUACAUUAGGAGUAGAUUACAUUAGGAUUACAUUAGGAGUACAUUAGGAGUAGAUUACAUUAGGAGUAGAUUACAUUAGGAGUAGAUUACAUUAGGAGUAGAUUAGGAGUAGAUUACAUUAGGAGUAGAUUACAUUAGGAGUAGAUUAGGAGUAGAUUACAUUAGGAGUAGAUUAGGAGUAGAUUACAUUAGGACUAGAUUAGGAGUAGAUUACAUUAGGAGUAGAUUACAUUAGGAGUAGACUACAUUAGGAGUAGAUUACAUUAGGAGUAGACUACAUUAGGAGUAGAUUACAUUAGGAGUAGACUACAUUAGGAGUAGACUACAUUAGGAGUACAUUACAUUAGGAGUACAUUACAUUAGGAGUAGAUUACAUUAGGAGUAGAUUACAUUAGGAGUAGACUACAUUAGGAGUAGAUUACAUUAGGAGUAGACUACAUUAGGAGUAGAUUACAUUAGGAGUAGAUUACAUUAGGAGUAGAUUACAUUAGGAGUAGAUUAGGAGUACAUUACAUUAGGAGUACAUUACAUUAGGAGUACAUUACAUUAGGAGUAGACUACAUUAGGAGUAGACUACAUUAGGAGUAGACUACAUUAGGAGUAGACUACAUUAGGAGUAGAUUACAUUAGGAGUAGACUACAUUAGGAUUACAUUAGGAGUAGAUUACAUUAGGAGUUGAUUGUAAACCACCUAUGCCUGUUUGUUUUUUAAAAUUAAGAAUUGAUUAAUUUACCAAAUAAUCCACUGUUGAAUAAUAUUCCUAAUUCAUUAUUUAACGGUAGCUAGUAGUAACUGUUUAUUUAACGGUAGCUAGUAGUAACUGAUUAUUUAACGGUAGCUAGUAGUAACUGAUUAUUUAACGGUAGCUAGUAGUAACUGUUUAUUUAACGGUAGCUAGUAGUAACUGUUUAUUUAACGGUAGCUAGUAGUAACUGAUUAUUUAACGGUAGCUAGUAGUAACUUAUUUAACGGUAGCUAGUAGUAACUGAUUAUUUAACGGUAGCUAGUAGUAACUGAUUAUUUAACGGUAGCUAGUAGUAACUGAUUAUUUAACGGUAGCUAGUAGUAACUGAUUAUUUAACGGUAGCUAGUAGUAACUGAUUAUUUAACGGUAGCUAGUAGCUAGUAGUAACUGAUUAUUUAACGGUAGCUAGUAGAAAUGAGAUGCUAUGAGCUUGUGGCCUUGUUGAACUUUAAACUCCUCCUUACUCCUGUUUAGGGUUUGUGCUUCUGGCCAGAUGAAUUUCCAGUGAGACGUCUUGUCUAUGCAACAUCAGUCUCAUGGGAUGUACACCUUGUCUAUAGAUCUUAGUUAUGUACUGUUUUGAAUGACUCACAGUGAGUGACUUGUAGGGCAGAAGGUGUUAAUAAAUUGUAGCAAAUUUGUUUUUGUUGUUUGUUUCAAAGCACUUUUUGUUUUUUUUGUUUAUUAGCCCACUUGAGUUAUGGUCGCAUGAGAGAGAAAUGCAACCAUUUAAACAAUUAUCCUGAAAUCAGGUGUUUUUUUUGUUUUUUUUUCCUUAACAUAACAUACAGUAACAUACUAUUAUAUUGGUUUCUGUUCUGUAUAAUUAUCAUGUGAUCUUCCAAACUUUGAUUCAGCUUUGAUCUAACUUUUAUGAAACGAUAACCAUUCAGAGUUGCCUGCGGAGACUGUUGAAGUAGAGAAUCCUCCCGCGUGCGCAGAACCUUUAACCCUGGGAAGAAAAGUCUGAUCCACAGCCACUCUUGUUUUUAAAGAGUCCUCAUAUCAUUGCCAAAUUAAACAAGAUCUCUAGAAUGACAUGGACAUGUUUUUAAAGAGUUUGAUGAACGUUAGUCUGUUGAGUCAUAUUUUGAAACACUCCCCCCCCCCCCCCCCCCCCUUCAUUUAAACUGCAUUGCCUCAAUCUGUGAUCAGCUGUUGUCUAUUGGGACUUUCACACAGAGGAGAAUGUUACACGGGAACUGGAAAACUCAGCAAUAAAAAUUCUCAGAAGUUG